ACUAGGUGUAUCACACAAUCAGUUUACAUUCAGAAUUCUCCGUAUUAGGAGCUCAAAUAUUUCUCCGUUUUAUUUCAAAAUUUUUUGGUGAAAAAAGUGUGUUUAUAAAAAUAGUAAAUCGAAGAAGGUUCCCUUAAAUUUAGAUAAUUUUAUAGGAUUUAUACGACUGACUUUUGAUACAUGAAAUGGGCGACAAAAUAGAGGAAAUUAAAAGCAUGAGUGGUAGAUCGCCGAUGGGUGAUGGAUCGUUUCUUGGUGAAUCAUUUAUGCCGAAUACCGAAAAUAUUCGACAAUUAUAUGGCGAUAUGUGCCUGAUGCAUUUUGCUAGAGAGGCUGCAGGAUCCCUAAAUACGAGCGAGGAAAACCAAAGUUCUAAAGAAAACUUAUCUGAUGCAAGCCAGGCGAGCAUUGGAAUGGAUGACGCUCAUCAACUAAUCAGUCAGAUGCGUGGUCAUCCAAUGGCUAAGGAAUGUGACAUGAAGCCAAGGAAAUCUGCUUCCAAGCCAAUGAAAUCGUGUGCCAAGCCAAUGAAAUCGUGUGCCAAGCCAAUGAAAUCGUGUGCCAAGCCGAAGAAGUCCUGCGCCAAGCCGCGAAGAAAGUCGGCUUGUGGGAAACCAAAAAGAAAACCGGCAUGUGCUAAGCCAAAGAAAAUGGCAUGUGCUAAGCCAAUGAAAUCGGCUUGUGCCAGGCCAAAAAAAUCUGAAGAAGACGAGUGUGAGCAACCCAAGUGCAGCAAGCCGGGUCCGGUCACCAACAAUGGCUACCUUAACUUCUUGCGUUCAUUCCGCAAAAAGAAUUGCGGUCUCAAGCCUCAGGAGAUUUUCAAAGCGGCCGCCAAAGCCUGGUGUGCUAUGUCCGAGGAGAAAAAGGAUCGCUACCGCCGCAUGGCCUGCAAGGUCACACAAAGCGACCGCCACAAGCGUCGUCGUAUCUGUCAAGGCACAUAGUUCGCUAUUGGUGAUCAUCCAUCAUAAUUCCGGCAUCCUUUUCGAUUUCAUGCGAUUUUAACGUCUGUCAAUUGUGGGUCACUUUAAAAAUGUUAUAGCUAAGUUGGCUAAGGCUACGGUUUUUUUUAGGAGUAUAGAAAAUUACAAUGUUUAAAAAUUACAAAAUUAAAAAAAAAAA